AUGGACCAGCAAAGUAAAGGAUCAGAACAUUCAAAAGAAGUGCCGGAAGACACCAAGCCUGAAAACACCACAGCGAAUGGGAACGAAGUAGAGGGGGAACAGGAUGAAAACAACAAUGCUGGAGGCCUCUUUCAGAUCAGCGUAAAGCUCCCCCAUGAGCCGUACAACAUUCAGGUUAUGGUCUCGAGCCAAGAGCAAGUUCAGGAUGUCCGCCAAUCGAUUGUCGAGCUGCCGGGCACUUUCCAGUAUACCUGCUUUCAUCUAGAAACUGAUGGAAAUAGGAUCAACGAUUAUGUGGAGCUAUCAGAGGUCAAGGGCCUAAAGGCUGACUCCGAAGUGGUUCUGGUCGAAGAUCCGUAUACCGAGAAGGAGGCGAGGAUGCAUGUUGUCAGGGUUAGAGAGCUGGUUGGAGCUGCUGGUAACCGCGUCGAUACCAUGCAUGGGCUUGCUGCCGGCCUCUCCCUGUACGACUCUGUUGCCGCUGGCGAAGGUCUGUCUGACGAGGCUAAGAAGACCCACGCACUUGACGGCUAUGAUGUCAAUGCUCCAUUGAACCUUGCGACCGUUCUGCCAAAGGACCAAUCUGCCAUGCCAAAGACCGUCAGAUCUGUCUCUCUUUCCCCGUGGAACCCUCCACCGUACCAUCUGCGUCAAAAGGGACACCUCCUGUACCUUCUAGUGACCACUAACGAGGGUGAACAGCACCAGAUCACCUCUCAUGUGUCUGGAUUCUACGUGAAUAAAUGCUCUAACUCCAAGUUCGACCCAUUCCCUCGACCUGCUCCUAAGAACUACAGCGCUCACUCCUUAUUAACGCUGAUAUCUCUCAUCUCUCCCUCAUUCAACGAGUCUUUCAAGGCCCUGCUGGAAUUUAACAACCAAAAGGAUAUCCUGACCACAUUCCCUUUCCAAAACUCGAUACCGAACAACCCAUGGCUCGUGCCGGCAUCGCAGAGCCAGGCUUCCGCACAUUUAUCCGACGCCACACGAUCGCAGGAAAAUUACCUUAUUGCAGGUGUAGACAACUCUGAAACCCUGAGAGACUGGAAUGAGGAGUUCCAGACCACCAGAGAGCUUCCUCGGGACAACGUGCAGGAGAAGGUGUUCAGAGAAAGACUGACCUCCAAACUCUUUGCUGACUAUAACGAUGCUGCCGUUCGUGGCGCCAUUCUGGUUGCUAGGGGUGAAGUUGCAUCCUUGAACCCGAUGGAGACCAGAGACGCUCAGAUCUUCGUCUACAACAACAUCUUCUUCUCCUUUGGUGCGGAUGGUGUUGGCACCUUCGCUGCUGAGGGUGGUGAUGAGGCUGCUCGUAUUGCUGUUGGAAAGGACGUCAUGGGUGUGAAGACUGUAAACCAGCUUGACAUCCCCGGACUCUUCACCCCAGGAACUGUGGUUGUUGACUAUCUCGGCAAGCGUAUUGUGGGUCAGAGCAUUGUCCCCGGUAUUUUCAAGCACCGCGAGCCUGGCGAGCACCAGAUCGACUAUGGCGGUGUUGAGGGUAAAGAUGUCGUAGCAAAGAACGAGGCUUUCACUCCAGUUUUCGAGAAGCUCUCCAAGGCUCUCCGUGUCAAGAAGCAUGCCGUUUGGGAUAAAGAUGGCGUUAGACACGAGUUGGAGGGAAGUGUUGAGACCAAGGGUCUUCUUGGUACUGAUGGUCGUAAAUACGUUCUCGACCUUUACCGAAUCACUCCUCUUGAUAUCUCAUGGACUGAGGAUGCUGAAGGCCAUGAGGAGUACCCUCACAGGAUGCCAGUCCUCCGCCACGAACUAGUAGAAGCCUACUGGAGAUACAAGAUGGGACAAUACGUCAAGGAAGAGGUUGAGAAGCGGAGAGCUGCAGCCAAAGAAGCCAAGGCUGUUGAAAACAGUGAAGGAGCUGAUGCUGAAAAGAAAGAUAACACUGACCAGGAGAGAGUUGACAUUUCUAACUUCCACCUGGCAUUGAACCCGGACGUUUUCAGUGGUCAAGUUCCCCAAACUGAGGAGGAGAAGGAAGAAUGGGCACGCGAUGAGAAGGAAGUUCGCGAUGCCUGUGACCACUUGAGGUCAAAAGCACUCCCAGAGCUUAUCAAGGAUCUCUACAACGGUGAGGUUGGCUUUCCCAUGGAUGGCCAGUCUCUUGGUCAACUCCUCCAUAAGCGUGGUAUCAACAUUAGAUACCUCGGGAAAGUGGCACAGCUCGCCAAGGAAAAGGGAUCCAGGCUCCAAUCUCUUGUUGCUCUUGUGGUUCAAGACAUGGUGGCUCGUUCAUUCAAGCACAUUGCUAACCGCUACCUCCGGAACCUUCCUCCUCCAUUUGCUACUGCCUGUAUUGCCCACCUGCUUAACUGCUUGCUAGGCACGGAUGUCAAUCCAAAGCCUCGUGCUGAGAUCGAUGAAUCACUUAGAGCGAUUUACCCUGAAGGUGACUUCUUAUUCGAGGAGGUUACUCCCGCAUCUCUUGCUGCAGAUAUUGAGAAGCAAGUUAGAUCUCGUUACAGAUACAUUCUUGAAGACAGCUGGACUGGAAGCUUAAAACAUUUCCAAGUUCUAAGAGACAUCUCUCUCAAGCUUGGCUUGCAACUCGUUGCAAAGGAUUUCGCAUUCAACAAGUCCCAAGUUAAGGAGCACUCUCCCGCUGGAAAUGGAAACCACAGCGACUCCCAGGAUGAAAAGAAAAAGAAGAAGAAGAAGGGGUCUUCCGCGCCAGUUGCUCCUGCAACACAAGCACCUUCUCUCACUUUUGUUCCUGAUGACAUUGUGAACAUUGUUCCAAUUGUCAAGGACGCAUCUCCACGAAGCGCUCUUGCUGAGGAAGCAUUCGAAGCAGGCCGCAUCUCACUUAUGCAGAACCAAAAGGAGCUUGGUCAAGAGCUUAUCCUGGAAUCGCUUUCGCUCCAUGAGCAAAUUUAUGGCAUUCUUCACCCUGAGGUAGCUAAGCUGUACCAUCAGCUCUCUAUGGUCUACUACCAAACUGAUGAGAAGGAUGCGGCCGUGGAGCUGGCACGCAAGGCUGUUAUUGUUACUGAACGAACAAUGGGUGUUGAUUCUUCCGACGCUAUCCUCAGCUAUCUCAAUAUUUCUCUGUUUGAGCAUGCCAACGGGAACACCCAAACGGCUCUGAUCUACAUCAGACACGCUUUGGAACUCUGGAAAAUCGUCUAUGGCCCAAGCCACCCUGACUCCAUCACCACGAUGAAUAACGCGGCCGUGAUGCUCCAGCACUUGAAGAAGUACCCUGACUCUCGCAAAUGGUUCGAGUCCUCUCUCGCUGUUUGCGACGAACUAUUCGGAAGACAGUCCGUGAAUACUGCCACUCUGUUAUUCCAGCUUGCUCAAGCACUUGCACUCGACCAGGACUCCAAGUCUGCCGUUAACCGUAUGCGUGAAGCUUACAACAUUUUCCUUAACGAGCUGGGUCCCGAUGACCGCAACACUAAGGAGGCAGAGAGUUGGCUUGAACAACUCACCCAGAAUGCCGUUUCUAUCGCUAAGCGCGCCAAAGAUAUCCAAGCUCGCAGGCGACGACUGGUAUCUAUACCCGGACGCUCGUCUCUCGGCACUCAGCCCCAGCCUCAAGUUGGACAGACCACGUCAGACAUGGUUUCUGCCGUCGAUGGACAUGCCAACACAAGCUUGGACUCCAGAAGCAUUGAUGAGCUCCUGAAAUUCAUUGAGGGAGGUGAUGCGGCGCGCUCAAAGCCAAAGAAAAGAACGACUCGCAACCCCAAGCUUCGCGGCUCGAAACAGACUUCCGUCAAGUCUUAG